GGACGUUUCACGUGCACCCGGUGUGGCGUGUAACCCCAUCUCUCAGUGUCAUCUCUCCAACCCUGUCCCCCCCCCACCUCCAUCACUCACUCCAUCACUCCCCCAUUCACUCUCUCCCUCCCCCCAUACUCAGUGUGGAAGACAGACCGCGCGCGGAGGAGAGACGACGCAUGAUGUCGGUUUGGUGAUGUGGCCGCUUUCGGAGGCGCGCACGGGGGAACCGCGGUGGAAUGGAGCAGAAGGAAGAGGAGAAAGUGGUGCAUGGAGGGACUGAUCGCUAAACGGAGCUCUUUCUAAACCCUGGAGAUCUUUUAUAAAACAUUUUUUGGUUUGUUUCUCUGGUUUUCCAGGCAGCAGACGGAAUAAGCGCGCAUCAGCCUCAGGUUUUUUUGUGUCUCUUAUCUGGAUUUUUUUAUUUUUGGUUUCUGCGCGUUUGGUUUGACGACGUGUUUUUUUUUUAUUUUAUUUAUUUUUAUUAAUUAUUAUUCCGCUCUCGGAAAUGAACAAGUCGAAAACUUUGAGGAAACAUGCCUGAAGAUGUCCGUUCCGUUUUCAUGGCGCGCGUCCGCCGCGUCGGGUGUCACAACGCAGCGAGGGGAAACCCAGAGCGCGAGGACGCGCGUGACCAUCGGUGACAUGAGCGGCGGUCGGAUCCGCGCGGCUGGUUGAUGGCACUGCGCGCCGGCGCGACCUGCAUCGGCCACGUCUUGCGCAGGGUGCCGCGUUUGCACGGCUCGCGUUCGCGGCGCUCCAGCAGCCUACUGUGCCUCUCCCUGAGCCACGACCGGGACGCGGGGACGCUCGAGUGCAAGCGCCCGUGCCCAAGCUUUCCCGACUGCGACUGUCACCGCUGCCCGUGCCGCCGCACCCGCCGCCGCCGCGCACACCCGGCGGAUCCGCGGGGACAUGAGCCCCACGCGGGCUGGCUCCGGGGCGCCAUGAAGCGUCAGAACGUGCGGACCCUGUCCCUGAUCGUCUGCACGUUCACCUACCUGCUGGUCGGCGCCGCCGUGUUCGAUGCGCUCGAGUCGGACUUCGAGAUGCGCGAGAAGGAGCAGCUGCAGGCCGAGGAGAAGCGGCUCCAGGGCAAGUACAACAUCAGUGAGGACGAUUACCGCAAACUCGAGACCAUCAUCAUGGAGGCCGAGCCGCACCGGGCCGGUGUGCAGUGGAAAUUCGCCGGAUCUUUUUACUUCGCGAUCACCGUCAUCACCACCAUCGGUUAUGGCCACGCAGCUCCGGGUACCGAUGCGGGGAAGGCCUUCUGCAUGUUCUACGCGGUUCUUGGUAUCCCUCUGACGCUUGUGAUGUUCCAGAGCCUUGGUGAGCGCAUGAACACGUUUGUAAAGUACCUGCUGAAGCGCAUCAAGAAAUGCUGCGGGAUGCGCAUCACAGAGGUGUCCAUGGAGAACAUGGUGACGGUCGGGUUCUUCUCGUGCAUGGGGACACUGUGCAUCGGCGCCGCAGCCUUCUCGCACUACGAGGACUGGAGCUUCUUCCAGUCUUACUACUACUGCUUCAUCACACUCACCACUAUCGGGUUUGGUGACUUUGUGGCACUGCAGAAAAACCGGGCUCUACAGAGAAAGCCUCUGUAUGUGGCCUUCAGCUUUAUGUACAUCCUGGUGGGGCUGACCGUCAUCGGAGCCUUCCUGAACCUGGUGGUGCUGCGCUUCCUCACAAUGAACAGCGAGGAUGAGCGGCGAGACGCAGAGGAACGCGCCUCGUUAGCAGGGAACAGGAGCAGCGUCAUCGUGCACGUCCAAGAAGACGCCAUGCCCGGGCGGAUGCACCGAAGGAGGCGGGAUCAAUACCGAUCCGAAGUGGCCGACCUGCAGUCGGUCUGCUCCUGCAUGCAGUAUCAGUCGCACGACUUUGGCAGUUCGGCCAUGCUGGCGGGGGACGGGGGAGGACGAGGAGGGUUGGGGUUGGGAGGGAGGCCGUUCGCGCACCAGAACUCCUUCACGUGCCAGCCGAGGUACUUUCACUCACCGGUGACGUACCACAUCGAGGAGAUUUCACCGAGUGCCCUGAAGAACAGCUUCCUGCCCUCCCCGAUCAGCUCCGUCUCCCCCGGCUUGCACAGCUUCACGGACAAUUUGCGCCUGAUGAGGAGACGCAAAUCUGUCUGAACAGGAAGCCCCUUGUUACCCCUAGCUAUCAAUCAACAGGCCGCACCAAUAGACUCGUCCUGAUUUUCAAUAACCAGGGUAUAUAUUCUAUUCAGAAAACACACACAAUAAAGCUGCUCCUUAACCAAAAUCUCUUUUUUUUUUGCUUUGGUUCUCAUACUGAGAUGAACGUCUGCCCCGGGGGCUUAUAUUAUUAUUAUUAUUAUUAUUAUUAUUAUUAUUAUUAUUAUUAUUAUUAGACCAUACACAAAGCGUAAAUUGGGGAUGAAAUCCGAUGAAACUGGAUGCGUCACUUAAUAACGGAUGGAAAGCAUGAAGCAUGGAUUUUUUUUUUCCUCAGAAACUCGUUUAUCUCUGCCUUCUAUAUU